AUGGCUAAUAAUGAUAGUAAUGAAUUAACUCGAGAAGAUUUUGAUGCUGGACCAUCAAGCUACGACGAAAUAGAACCAAAUUUAUAUCUUGGAAAUCUUACAGCUGCAAAAGACAUAAAAUGGUUAAAAGAUACUAAAAUAAGUCAUAUACUUACAGUCGACUCAUGUCCAUUACCUCGACAAGUAGAACAACUUCCUAAUAUAAAUUUGAAAUUUAUUCAAAUAACGGAUAUGCCUAGAGAAAAUAUCUUGACAUUUUUUGAAGAUACCUAUCAAUUUAUUGAUAACGCAUUGCAAAACGAUAAAAAAGUUCUAGUCCAUUGUUAUUUUGGUGUUUCAAGAUCAGCGACGCUGGUUAUUGCUUACAUUAUGAAAAAACAUAAAUUGACUUAUGAAGAUGCUUAUAAAUUAGUUAAGUCAAAAAGACGUUUUGUUGGCCCUAAUCCUGGCUUUAUAGCGCAAUUAAAAUUAUAUGAAACUAUGGGUUUUACUAUUGACAACCAUUUAAUAAAACCAGAUCCACAACUGACCACAGUCCGUCCAGAACCAACUGUCUACCGUUGUAAAAGAUGUAGGAGAGUAGUUGCAAGCGCUAGUAAUUUACUGCCUCAUUUUCCAAAUGAGCGACAAAUUUGGCGAUAUAUUGGCAACAAAACAUAUGAUGGAUUAUCACCCAAACAAAUCCAAAAAUUAGCUAAAAUUGAAAAACAUAAAAAAGAUGGUACAAGUAAUUCAACAGAAGCAUGUACAAAAACUCAUUUUAUAGAACCAUUGGCAUGGAUGAGAGAUAUUAUACAUAAUGUUGAAGGAAAACUUAAUUGUCCAAAAUGUGAAACUAAACUUGGUUCUUUUAGUUGGAUAUCUGGUUGUCAAUGUCCUUGUGGUGCUAAAGUUGCACCAGCAUUUUAUUUAGUCCCAUCCAAAGUUGACUGGAGUAAUGUCGUACAAAAUGUCUUAGUAACUAUUUAA